CUAGUUCAUUCGUGGACGUGCGGUUCGCGUGACGACACGUUGCGGGAUUAAUUCGUUGCGCGGUUUGCAUUUGUACGUGUGUCCGUGUAUUAAUUCUGGAGUGCCUGAAGAUUCGAGACUGAGAAAUGUGAAAGUGCGAGAAAUAAAAUAACGCGGAUUUUUUUCGUAAAUCGACGUACAAAUCUCAACGAAACAUUUUCUCUGUUCUAACGUCUUUUGAAGGUUCACAUAUAGUGCCCUUAGCAAAGGAAAAAAGCAACAAGUGUAAAUAAUUCCUGUAAGGACAGAAAUAUCAUUUCGACAAUUGUCAGGUUACGCAACGAUCGUAGAAUCAAACGUCAUUGUAGUGGCCAUUAUGCCAUUAUAACGACGAUAUACACUCGCUAAGGAGAAUGCUCAAGGAAGUGGAAACCGGGGCGGGAAGUUGCAACACCGUACAAACUAGACGUCAAAGACUUUGGCCAAGAUUUUCUCUGAGGAGAAUUUUGUAUUCUAGUCCUCUGAUAGGGCAACGAAUUGCCAGAGCAUCCGGCUCCGGCAUAAGAAACACCAAAGCAAAAGACACAGGAAAUGGGAGAAUUCCAGAUAUCGAAAAAGGCGAGGCGAGAACGACCAAUGGCUCGAGUCAUUUUCAUUCGCACAACUCGGACCUUCAAAGGGCUUCCAGCAAAGGUUCCGUACUUUCCACAGCUGGAAAGAGCUGUGAGAAUGGUUUAAUGGAGUGUCCGUUGUGCUUGGCCGAAUUGCCUAGCGAAUUAUUUCCCGUUAUACAGUCGUGUCACCAUCGUAGCUGUUACGACUGCUUCCAACAAUACCUUAAGGUCGAAAUAUCGGAAUCCAGGGUUAAUAUAGCGUGUCCCGAGUGCGCGGAACCACUUCAUCCAAAUGAUAUACGAAUGAUUUUGAACGAUCAGACGCAAUUGGAAAAGUAUGAAGAUUUCAUGGUACGUCGUGUCUUAGCUGUCGAACCGGACGCCAGAUGGUGUCCAGCACCUGAUUGCAGUUUCGCUGUAAUUGCAAGCGGUUGCGCAUCUUGCCCGAAAUUACGUUGUGAAAGGCCUGGAUGUGACUCAUACUUUUGUUAUCAUUGCAAAGCACGUUGGCAUCCAAAUCAAACUUGUGAUGCCGCAAGAGCUCAGCGUUCCCAGCAUUACGAUCGUAGCUCAUCGUUAAGCUUCAGUCAGAGCGAUUCACAACACAGAGAUGACAUCAAACCAUGUCCAAGAUGUCAAGUACUCAUCGUCAAGAUGGACGAUGGAAGCUGCAAUCACAUGACCUGCGCUGUUUGCGGUGCAGAAUUUUGUUGGCUCUGUAUGAAAGAAAUAAGCGAUCUUCACUACUUGAGUCCUUCUGGUUGUACGUUCUGGGGUAAAAAACCGUGGUCGAGGAAAAAAAAAAUUCUCUGGCAGUUAGGAACGUUGGUUGGCGCACCGGUUGGUAUUGGUUUAGUCGCUGGUAUAGCGGUACCUGCGAUGAUCAUUGGCAUCCCAGUCUGGGUCGGUAGAAAACUUUACGAAAAGAACAAAAAUUACACAAACAAGUUCAAGAGAAACGCAUACAUCGCAGGAGGAGUCACAGCGUCGGUGUUAGUUUCACCUCUAUUAGCCGGCUUGGCAGUCGGUGUUGGCGUGCCAAUUUUACUGUUCUACGUUUACGGUGUUGUGCCGGUAUCUUUAUGCCGCAGCGGUGGCUGCGGUGUAUCAACCAACGGUUCCGGAGUUAGAUUCGAGUUCGAUGACGAAAAUGAACUCAUGGGCGCCCUCGGUGGACGCAACGUUGGAGAUACUGCGUCCAUAGACGUUACCAGUCAUCGAGGUGGUAAUCCGUCGAUCGGUGAAGCAUCCCUUUCACUCGGUAGUGGCAGUCAAUUGGAAAAAUUGGGUCGCGAAAAUGACCGGGAAAGCGCUAGCAACGUUGCACUCGCCGGUACAAGUUUGGCGGGUAGUAUAGCAUCGAGCGUACUUCCCGGUGGCCAAAGGCUAGAGGUACAAGCAGAUGUUACUUCAACACAGAGAUUCAGUUUAUGUAGCGAAACAGCAUCAGCGGCAACGAGCCUUUCUGAAAAAUCGGUAAAUGCUUCGAUAGCCCUUGACGAUGGCGCAGCAUCAACACGUGCACUGGCCGGCUCGGUUCUCAAUUUCAAGCUGGACGGGAAUUCGAGUACCGGUGGUAGAAGCGCGGACAAUGAACCAUCAGCCAGUUCAAAUCCGUCGUACCAGAUGGAGACUGCUGGUCAGGCAGCGUCGUUAUCCUCGCUCGAGGAGAUUGCUCCAGGUCUUGCAAAAAGAGCACGUCGUAGGCCAACACUUGAUCGUCAGCACAGCGAUUCUAGCAGUUGGACUGUAUGCGGUGAAGAUGGUGGUUCUGAACGUGUUCGUUUCGACGAUCACGUGAGUUUCAUAGAGGCCGAUCAGGAAUCUAGCCCGGGAAAUUGUUCUACGAGUAAUCGAGGCCCAUCGAGGCGAAAACGAAAUACUAAGGAAAACGAUCAGGAUACAGAGGCUCAAAAAUCAUCGAGGAAUUCGAACGGUGAUUUGAACGUUGAGUCGCCGAAUCAUGGGGAGGAUGUUCCGCGGGAAAGAGUGAACGUAGCAGCUCUGAGAAACGUGUUCUUCCACAAUUCUGCGGUUGGUUCGGAUCGUGAAAAACGUUUACCCGUUAUCGAGGAGCCAUUCCCAGCUUCUGGCCAAUCUGCGAUCGUACGAACAUUGUCGCCCUGUAACGAAGUUACAGUUAAGAAAGAUGAAAUGGAGGCAAGCCCAAAAUGCUAAAGUAGGAAAAGAAAAGUAUGAAAAAAAAAAAUACAAUACAAACGACAACAAAAUCAAAGACUGAGCAUUCACGUAGUGUUUGUAAAGAGGAGACAUUAAUAAGAUUUUUGUCGAAAUAUCCGCACGAUGUUAAAGGAACGUUCGAAACUAACGACAAAUACUAUGUACAGUGUUUAUGCGUGUGUAUACAUAUACAUGGACACGAAUGCAUACGAAUAUGUAAGGAUAAGUAAAACGUUAAAAGUAUGCUUGCGUCUGUACGGGAAUAGGAUGUAUAUAUUAAGGACCAUUAUUACUUUCAGCAUUUGUAGCUCGUCGACUGUGACCAUAUUACUUUUUAACAAAGUAUAUAACGUAAAAACGGGAAUAAAGCGAUAAACAAAAUAUACAGUUCGUCAUAAGAUGUUACCAGCAUAUUUCGACGAGACUCGUGUACAAUCACACGAAGCCAAACUCGUUACAAGCUAAGCAUGAAUGACAAGAUUAAAUAAAACAAUUAUAUUCACUGCUUUAGAUGGUUGGUUCUGUACUCCAGAAUCACGGAACUGUGUCAUGAAAAAGAAAAAACAAGCGUUUGUAUACACACGAAUAAUGACAGUGCGAGAGCAUUUUAUAUAUCCUUACCUAUGCUCGCUUCAUUCGAAUAAUACCCUUAAAAAUGGAAAAGUAUUAUCAGGGUGAUAAAACUGUUCACGUUUCACACAACAUUCGCGCGAUCGUGCAUUUUACGAAAACAAAAUCAACUUAGGAGAGACAGAAAGCAUCGGGAAUUUUACAUACUUCGAUAUAUGAAAUACAUCUACAUUUUGCUCAAGAUUAACUCCAAAACGAAUUUGAUGUGCUUUAUUCUUUUCACGUUUUCCCAUUGACUCUUGAUAGAUUAUAAGCAUGUGGAACGAUAACGAGUCGUUCCCACUUCGAUGUCGAAUUGGUUUUACCUCUUGCAAAUUUGUUGUAUAAAUUUUGAACGGAAAAGAGGAAGUUUGGUAGCCUCUUAAUUGAACUACUCACGAACUUUCAUUUUUCCGGCGAACGAUCAUUUUUUCUUCGCACUGAAAAUCCUUUUUUUGUAAAUACGCGAAUAUAAUCGUUAACCCAAAAUUUUUGUAAUUAACAGCUUCGAUUCCAUAUUAAGCGUGCCCUACGUAAAAUCUAAUUUGACGAAUGAUUUUCUUUCGAUUUCCUUCUACUCUUUGAGAUACUUUGGUAAUGAAGUAUUUCUUUGAAGCAGUGUCAUGAAAGUUCAUUAACGAAACAAGUUUUUUCAUCACCACGUUCCCAUUAUUAGCGAUUCAACAAGACCAAGUGUGAGCUUGAAGCGAUUAUGCUUGUGAUGCCUAAGAGUUGUACAUUUAUGGGUCAUUUGCUCAGACGCUAAAACUGCCACGUUCUCCUCGUGUUAGCAUCGAUAUAUGUUCGUAUAUACGCAUUAGAAUGUCUGUUUCAAAUUGAUCAUUUCCCUUCUAUUCUUUUUUUCAAAAUUGUCGUUUAUUUAGUGUUUUUUUUUUCUACUAAAACAACGCUCGAAAGGGUGUAUUUCUGCUUUUCAGAUUUGAACUUUGAAAGGAUACACCGCUUUUGUAUACGUGAUCAAUGAGAUAAAGCGCAGGGUAAUUAUUUGGUUUAGGAUUCAAAAUUUUCUACGACAACAACUUAUACAAAAUCCUUCGAUAUCGAUAGUGAUGAUAAUAGUAAAUGGUCCUCAGUUUGAAUAGCUCUGGUAUAAUAAAUGGAAACAUUUUUUUUCUUAUAUUUAUCUUGAAUCAGUAAGUGAUCAUAUUUUACGAAAGUGUGCGCUACUUUUAGAAAAUGAAGGAACCGUUUCGCGAAAAAUGCUUGGCAUACUCGAACUUAUAGCGUGUACUUGAAAAACUCGAUAACCGCAAUUUCAAUCAGUACAAUUCGUUUAUAAAAAAAGAUUUUAUGUAAAUCAAUACAAAAAUAAAACUAGUGAAACAUCGUUUUCAAACCUAAAA